AUGGCGGGACGACAGCAAGCGCCAGCCAGUGGUGAACCGCCUUCAAUUAAAAGGGUGGAAGCAAUGGUGGAGGACCUCCUCAAUACGUUGAGGGCCUCACCUGGUCCAUCCACAGCCACCACACCAGCGGUCGCACCUACAGUCGCACCUACAUCUAGUGCCAAUCCCGCAAGAGUGCAACAGGCACUUAAAAGGCAAUUCCCAAAUAUGUUUGCCCAAAGGGAAUCCAAGAAGGGAAAAGGCCGGUUUUCGUCGCGACCCAUGGUCGCGCGAAACAUAGAUUUAAAUAUCUAUGUUUUGCCGGCACCCACAAGUCUGACCCCGAAGCCAUCCGCAGACCUGGAGCUGGCCCAAGCAGCCUUGGGAGAAGAGUACUCUCUCUCCCAGAGGACUGCAAUCAUACAGAGGCAGCCAAGCAAGGCGGUGAAGAGCAACUUAGCCCGCCUCACCAAGGUGCUGCAGCCGCCUCGCUCUCACGAGAAUACCGGCACAGUCGCACAGAUUGUGAAUGCAAUUGAAAAAGCAUUUAGCAAACUGAAGCCUCUCCAGGGACGGUGGAUGUUUUUUAAAUCUACAGGAGGAAAUGGACAACGAAAGUUAACACUUGUCCCUAUGGACAUGGAGGGCUAUAAUGGCCGGCAGCUGCGUGCAGCAUCCAAUAAUGGGAGAAAUGUCCUGUUCAUUGUCCCUCUCCAACAGGAGUUGGACACUGAACCCCUCCCUUUCGAUGCUGCAGAAUUUUCGAAAAUGCCGCAGGUACCGUGCCACAUUUGUGGCACCACAAUACCGCUACAGUUGUUGGCUUUACAUGCAGACAGCUGCGAACCACCAACCAAAAAAAUGACAGAUGUGGUAAUCCUUGAGGACAGUGACCCAAGUCAUGCUUUAGAAGAGAAGGGAUUUUGUCCUAUCUGUCAAAAGGAAUUUCUGAUCUCAAUGCUUGCUAUACAUGCUAAUAUUUGUGCUGAAAGCACUUUCUGUGGUAGUGAAACAGUGCAGCCAGAUAUGGAGACGUAUGUAAAACGGGCCGUGGACGUAACGUACACGGUGUAA